GUUUCAUCAAUCAGUGACUCACUUUAUGCUUUUUGUUCGCUCUGGAUGUUACCAAAGAUCUGAGGAUAACACUUUACAACAAGCACACACCAUCUCAAGCAGAAGUACCCAAAAGAAACAAUCUGCUCCUAGUAUUAAAAAGUGCCAAUUAUGUUCAUAUGAAACAGAACUCGGAUUCAAUCUGGCUCGCCACAUGAAACUUCAUCAACAAACGGAAAAAUACAAUUGUCAAUUGUGUGGGAAAUCUUAUUGUAAUAAAUACAACCUGAAACAGCAUCAAAGAUUUAAACAUAGCAAUGUAAAAUCAGUUUGUGAACAAUGCGGAAAGAAAUUUGGAAGUGUGAGUGGAUUACGAACGCAUAUAAAGAUACGGCAUAAUGCGGCAGACUCUGAAUCUGAAUUUGUAUGUACGAUAUGUGAAACGCCAAAAAAGUUCCAAAUUAAAUCACACUACAAAGCUCAUAUGAUCACACAUGACUCCGCCCAACAUUACAGAUGUAAAUAUUGCGAUAAACCGUUUGCUUGGCAAGCAUCUCGGUGUAACCACCAGAAAAUAUGCCCUGAGAAUAAACAAAAGAAAAUGUAUGGGUGUUUAUUCUGCGAUAAACAAUUCAAGCAAAAAAGAUACCUAAAAGAACAUGUUAUGAUUCAUAACAGCAACAAACCAAAGUUUAAUUG